UAUUUGUGCUGCUUCACACUGUCCUUGCUCCAUCUCCCAGCUAUUAGUGACAACACUGAAGACCAGCAGGGCAAGCCGAAGACACCCAGACUACGCCUGAAGGGCACAAAAAGAAAGGAGAGCAUGGUUGCUUUGCUGCUGCUCUAAAAUAUUUCUUCCAGUGCAUCUUACUAGAGAGGGUGUGAAAUUGAUGAAUUUUCUACAUUUAGAGGAAAUAAGAGAUAGAAAAAUAUUGACUUCUGCCAAGUGAGGAAUGUUUGAAGAUGACAGAGCUGGAUUUGAACUGAUGACACUGGAUACAGAAACUUCAAUUUAUAGUUACAGUACCUGUUUGCUGUAAAUUGUGAAAAAAUCUGCUCUUUUCUCAUACGUGGAUUAAACCAAAAUAUGUGACGACUGAGGCGUGGAUGUCUUAUGAUUUCAAUAAAAUUAAGGACCUAAAAAUCCACUGUUUGUUUUCUCCAAGGGUGCCUGGAUUUUCACUGAGACAGAUACCUUAUUCCUGAUUUCAGAGGUACAAAUACUAGCAUGCUACCUAUUAGGCCUGGAUGUGGUUGGAUUAUACUUCUGCUGUGACAGUCAGCAUCAUUAUAUCAGAGAGUAACUGUAAUGCAUAGAUUUUUAUGGAUCGUCUUCACUUAUAAUAAACAUCAUGUCAAUGGAAACAGAAUGGUAGAACCUUUCCCAGAGGGAACACAGAUGGCUUUAUUUGGUAUGGGCUGUUUCUGGGGAGCCGAGAGGAAGUUUUGGAGACAGAAGGGAGUCUACUCCACUCAAGUGGGUUAUGCAGGAGGGUAUACUCCAAAUCCUACCUACAAAGAGGUCUGUUCAGGUAAAACCGGCCACACAGAGAUUGUACGAGUAGUGUAUCAGCCAGAAAACAUCAGCUUUGAGGAAUUGCUCAAGGUCUUCUGGGAGAGUCAUGACCCGACACAAGGAAUGAGACAAGGUGGGGAUGUUGGCACACAGUAUCGCUCGGCCAUCUACACAUUUUCUCCUGAACAGAUGGAAGCUGCCUUGAGAUCUAAGGAAAGAUAUCAAAAGGUAUUGACAGGGGGCGGUUUUGGUCCCAUCACAACAGAAAUCCGGGAGGCUCCAGAGUUUUAUUACGCUGAAGAUUACCAUCAGCAGUACCUCAGUAAGAACCCUGGCGGAUACUGCGGCCUCGGGGGAACAGGGCUUUCCUGCCCUAUUGGGAUCAAGAAAUAGCUUGUGCUUACUCCACUGCUUCUGCUUUGCUUUAGGGAAUCUGAAAAAACACCGGCAACCCUGAUAGAUAUAGCAUGCCUGCAUCAUUAGUGCAUAAAGAUUUGGGAACUUGUUGGGGCGGCUUUCCAUAAUCUGAGCAGUUUCCCAUUCACCAACAUCAUUAAAUGCCAAAGCAGAGGCAGAAAUUGCACCUGUUGGCAAAUGCAGCUUCUUGCUCCAUGCAGCUCAUGGGUUUUCCUUGCAAUGUUGUAAUCUGGAGAGAAAUUACUAAAA